GAAAGUAGAGAGUAGCAAGAAGAAAAUAUCAGUUCAGUUGCUUUCUUGGAGGCAGGAAUAUUUGUGCAGAGGCUACUGCAGGGGUAAAAGCAGGCAUGAAGGAAGUUGGGGGCAGCAGAGCUAGGGGAUGGAAACAGUAAGGAAGUAUAGACCUCCAAAUUUGGUAGACCAUUCAAGAACUCCUGAUGGAUCCUCAGCUGGAGACCCUGGCUUUGGGAGUGUCUGUCUCCCUUUUCUCAAGCUCCUUCGUUUUUAAUUCUUUGGGACAUCAUGGACCCUUUUCAAAAUCCACUGCCCUCCAGGCACUGAAGCGCAAGAAGAGGUACGAAAAGCAGCUGGCGCAGAUCGACGGCACACUAUCAACCAUUGAGUUUCAGCGAGAGGCCCUGGAGAACGCCAAUACCAACACGGAGGUGCUCAAGAACAUGGGCUAUGCUGCCAAGGCCAUGAAGGCUGCGCAUGACAACAUGGACAUCGAUAAAGUUGAUGAAUUAAUGCAGGACAUUGCUGACCAGCAAGAACUUGCAGAGGAGAUUUCAACAGCUAUUUCAAAACCUGUAGGAUUUGGAGAAGAGUUUGAUGAGGAUGAGCUCAUGGCAGAAUUAGAAGAACUAGAACAGGAGGAGCUAGACAAGAAUUUGCUGGAAAUCAGUGGACCCGAAACAGUCCCUCUACCAAAUGUUCCCUCUAUAACCUUACCAUCAAAACCCACCAAGAAGAAGGAAGAAGAAGAGGACGACAUGAAGGAAUUGGAGAACUGGGCUGGAUCCAUUUAACUGGUCCAAUGCGGGCUGGGCCCAGACAGACUCUGGUGGCCUGUGCAGCGGGCAGGCAUGUGCGUGUGUGGGGCAGGCAGGACAUGGUGCAGGCAGGUUCCAUCGCUCCUGAAUCUCCCUCCAAAGCAGUAGGGCCACAUCACUGCUCACUCUCUGCAUAGCAUGGUCUGCACCCAGCGGGAUGGGGAGGGGGGUGGGGGGUGGGGGGUGGGUGGGAGGUGCCUGCUGUUUAUAAUGUUGAAUUUCUGUAAAAUAAACUGUAUUUGCAAAUCCAACAUUGAGCUUCUGGACUACGCUAACUCCACUGCUGAACCUCAAUGGAAAGGGUCGACCGUGUGCAGUUGAAAUGAUCUGAAAAUGUAGCCUCUGUCCUUUUAAGUCAGUUGACUCGUCGCACAUCUCUGUGAGACUUGUAUGGUACUGGCAGAAGAGUCGUUUUUUAAAGCCAUAGGCUUUUCCUUGUCCUUAGCUGUAAUAAUGCAUCUGAUUUGGGUUCCUUGAGAGCUGUAUUUCUGUCCAUCACCUGUAUACUGGCCCCUGUGUUUACCACUCUGCCCACCCCUCACUCGUACUCCCCUGGUUUUUUGGAGUUUGUGACACUGAUUUGAAAUGAAUGGUGUUCUUGAGAGCAAGUGAGAUUGUAGAGUUAAAUUCCAGCUAUAUACAUUUUUCUAACAUAGCUCUAAGGUCCUUGUUGCUGUUUGUGAUAACUGAUAGAUAACUCAUUGGAAACAUGUGCAUACAUUUAUAUUCAGAUGAAAUUAUGGUUUGCACUGUCUAUUAAAUAUCUCAAUUAAUUUUCA